GUGGGGAUCGAAUAUAAGAUGAAGAAUCAAAAAACUUAAGACCAGUGCUCUGUAGUUCCUAUAGCGGUCAAAAUGACUAAAUUAAAAAAAAUUAUUUUCAUGGUGGUGGUAAUGUGUAUAAAUGUGAACGCACGACAUAUUGGUGACAUUGAUCUUGAAGCUGACGCAGCUGAGCCUCGUCCAGUUUUUGUAGCUACCGGACCCUCUGCGGCAGCUCUACCGUUAGUGUACGAUGCCGAAUCCAGCGAUGGUCCUUUGACUGUAGCUAGUGAAAAAGUGGAGAAGAUUUUAAGACCUGCACUAUCAUUUUCCUAUAAUAACAAUAAGAAUGAAGAACAAGAUGAUAUUAAUGAUGAUGGAGAAGCGGCGGAAUCAAAAAAAGAAGAUCAAAAUGCCGAAGCAAUUGAUUACUAUAAGUAUGAAGAAGAAGAAGAAGAAGAAGAAGAAAAAAAAGAUGCCAAAGUAGAAGAAAAUAAGAAAAUCGAAGAAAAAGAACCCGAAGCGGAAACUGCUGAAACCAAACAUCACGGACACAAGGACGGAGGCAAAGGAGGAGGAAAAGGGCAUCAUGAAGGUCAUUUUGAAAAAGGUGGUGGCAAAGAACAUCAUGCCCAUCAGCACGGUGAGCAUGAAGAAAAAGGCGAUAAAGGUUACAAGGGGCAUCAUCAUCACGAAAAGGGAGCUAAAGGACAUCACGAUCAUGAUGAUCAUCACAAACAUUAUGAUGAGGACGAAGGCCAUAAAAAGGAUCAUCAUCAUGAAGAUGGAUAUCACGGAGAACACCAUAAAGGCUACGGUGGAAAAAAAGGAUCAAAGUAUGAGGAAGAUGGUGAACACAAGAAGGGACAUAGCACCAAAGGAUCACACAGCAUCCAUAAAAAAGACGAAUACGAGAAAAAAACUGAAUUCUUCGAUGAGGACGAAGAAGGUGGAGAAAGCGAGAAGCAUGGAGGGUUCCACGAGGAACACGACUACCAUAAGGGGAGUCACCACAAAGGAGGUCAUAAAAAGGGAGGCGACCAUGAAGACCAUUAUGGGAAAAAAGGAGAGUCAGAAAAGGGAGGCCACCAUAAGGAUGAGAAAGGACAUAACGAGAAGGGAGGACACGAUCACCAUUACCAUCACGAUAAAAAACAUGGCGAAAAAGAGGGUCAUGGACAUGGAAAGUCUUGGGGUUAUAAAAAGGGAAGUAGCAGUGGAGGCCAAGGUGGAGGCGGAGGUGGUGGUCACGGUGCUCAUUCUCACCAAACCUACGCUGUUCAAGAACCACCAAAACCCAAAAAAGAGAGUGAUGUUGCAGCAGCUGUUCCUGUCAAAGUUUACGAUUUUGCUCCUAUUUCAACUUACAAUCUCCCAUUGGAAGGAGAAGACGAACCAAUAAAAAACAGCCGUGAAAGGGCAAAAGGGGAAACAGACGAUCUCAAACUGACAGCACCCAGAAAUAAAAAAGACACCAAAGAUACAAAAUUUCAGCUAUCACCAAGCGAAACCUUUUUAGCGGAUUUUCCGAGGGGUUUUGCUGCCUCCGAAGAGGUUCAAACGGUAGCAACAACAGUGUCACCUAUCGAACGUAUGAUUUAUGAAACUGUGGCAAAAAACAGACCCAAUGAAACUACCACAGCGAAAGCCUUACCAGAAGAAGAGACUGAUGAUUUGGAAGAAGCAACCACAACUACCACGACAUCCAAACCGAUCGCAGAAGAGUCCAAAAAACCGUUGAAAAAGAAGAAGCUGAAAAAGAGGAAGAUCCAAAAUGUUGAUGGUUCCAGAUUGACGAGAAAUGCUCCGGCAUGUAAUUUAGGGCGCAUGAACCAGGCAGAGGAAAGUAGGCAAAAGUUUGUAAUUGUUGCUGCUGAUGAAAUAUAGUUAAUAGACUUAUAUGACAGCCAUAUGUUUGUAUUAAGCGUUUGUAGUUUUAUUUUCGGAAAGUUCUUAAGUGUGGAUUCAAGAAAUGG